AUGUCGGGGCAGAGCCAGCGCCUGAACGUGGUGCCGACGGUGACGAUGCUGGGGGUGGUGAAGGCGCGGCUGAUCGGCGCGACGCGGGGCCACGCGCUGCUCAAGAAGAAGUCGGACGCGCUCACGGUGCAGUUCCGCGCCAUCCUCAAGAAGAUCGUGGCCACCAAGGAGUCCAUGGGCGAGGCCAUGCGAGCCUCCUCCUUCUCGCUCGCCGAGGCCAAGUACGUGGCCGGCGACGGCGUGCGCCACGUCGUGCUCCAGUCGGUCCGCUCCGCCUCGCUCCGCGUCCGCUCCCACCAGGAGAACGUCGCCGGGGUCAAGCUGCCCAAGUUCACCCACUUCGUCGACCCCGCCGGCGCCUCCUCCGGCGGGCCCUCCGGCGCCUCCCCCAGCCUCACCGGCCUCGCCCGCGGGGGGCAGCAGGUCUCCGCCUGCCGCGCCGCCCACGUCAAGGCCAUCGAGGUGCUCGUCGAGCUCGCCUCGCUCCAGACCUCCUUCCUCACCCUCGACGAGGCCAUCAAGACCACCAACCGCCGCGUCAACGCCCUCGAAAACGUCGUCAAGCCCAGGCUCGAGAACACCAUCACCUACAUCAAGGGCGAGCUCGACGAGCUCGAGCGCGAGGACUUCUUCCGGCUCAAGAAGAUCCAGGGCUACAAGAGGAGGGAGGUCGAGCGCCAGAUGGCCGCCGCCAAGCUCUUCGCCGAGGAGCAGCUCGCCGAGGAUCUCGCCCUCAAGAGGGGAACCUCCAUGGGGGCCACGACCAACAUACUUGUUGGCGGCGGCGACAAGGACGAAGACAUCAUCUUCUGA